AUGAGCGUUAAUCUAUACAAUAAAUUAGAACCGGAAACAGGUUAUAAGUUAUUACAGCUUUCAGAUGAUCUGCUUGAUGCAUUUCAAACAGGACCGGUAAAAUUCAAAGCAUUAUCCGAUGACGCAGGAAACGUUGUUCUGUGCUCUGAGGACAAAACCUGGGUUAUAAAGCAACGAAACCAUUCCAACACGGUGAUCUUAAUGAAUGAAUUUGCUCCAACUGGAGGUAUUCCAGAAGACAAAAUCAACACGUUUGGUCUUCCAAGGCCCGGUGCUGACUGGGCUGGAUUUAGCACGCUUGAUAGCGAAUUAGAACCUAGACUUGUUGAUGGUUCUAUAGAUGUCACGCAAUUGGAUAUAUACCAUGGGAAGGACGUUCCCUUAACGCGCAAGCUUACUUUACAAGAGUUCAAGGAUAUGUGUCCAUGUUCAGAGAAAGAGUUUGUAUCGAAAUGGUUCGAAGUCGGAGGAUCAGUAGUUCAAGGUUUUGCAUGUUUACUAUCUGAACGAUUUAUGUUGAAGGCGUUACACAUUAUAUUGAUAAGUUGCAUGGCAGAAAAUCUAGACGUUGAUUCGUUGAGUAUAGACAAAGUAGCAGAUGUUUUGGCAAAGGAUGUCAAGCAAGGUGAACCUAACUUAUACACACACGAAAUUGUCACUACAGUGAUAAAUAAAUUUGGCUUUAAAGUUGAAUCCGCAGAAACAGAACCAGAUGAUGUUAGAUUCAGGAUCAACAUGUCACUGAUUGCAAGAUGGUAUGGUGUAUCUGCGUUGAAGAAGUUUGCCGCCAAGGAGCCCAUAUCAGAAGAUGAGUUCAUGAUCCAAUGGAAAGGACAGUUCCCACCAUACUUCCAUUGUGACCUUGAUAUUUGCAUGCUUCGGGGAUAUUUUGUUAGACCAUUGACAAACAAAAUUAGAUACAUGUCCAGAACCACUUUGUCGCUAGACGCCAAGGAAAGAUUCAAACAACUGUUCCACUGGCAAAGUACAUGGGAACAGGCUGAUAUGGUACCAUAUAUUUCGGAUUUAAAUACCAAGAAUUUGAAGAUAGACACCUUUAUUAUAAAGUAUGCCAGACGGAAAAGAGUCGGUAACAAGGUUAUCAUCAGUGCCAGGUAA